CUAACCCCUCUCGAAAUUUUUAUUUGUUUGGUUUUUCAAUUCCUGACUGAUUUUUUUUCUUUCCCCCCAAUUUUUAAUUCCGUCGGCGGUUUGACCGGACAAACCCGGAACCGGACCCUUUUCACUCUAGUUCUCCGAGAGGCCAGGGCACCCUCCCAAUUCUCCCUCUCUCUGCAUCCUAGUAAUCCUUUGACGUCCCUUAUUUUUGGGCUAUGGCGUCGAUGAUAUUCUCAGAUUGUUCUUCGUCUACGACUGCUCGUCUUCUUCCAUUUGACAGAAUGCGCACUUGCGUUUUUCGGUAUCGCCAAUCGGUUUCUCUCCAUUCGUGUGUGAAGAAUUUUAGUCUAAGCUUCGGCACGCAGCGUAAACCUUUGUCAUCGACUGUAACGGUGGCAAUGGCUACUGUAACUCAUGCAAAUGUAAUUGAUGGAAAAUCUAUUGCAAAGCAAAUUAGAGAUGAGGUCACCAUUGAAAUAUCCAGGAUGAAGGAUGCAAUCAAUGUUGUUCCUGGACUAGCAGUCAUUCUAGUUGGUGAUAGGAAAGACUCAGCAACCUAUGUGCGAAACAAGAAGAAGGCUUGUGAAGCAGUGGGAAUCAACUCUUAUGAGGUUCAUUUGCCUGAAGACUCCACUGAAUCAGAAGUGCUCAAGUCUAUCUUAAACUUCAAUGAUGAUCCAUCUGUUCAUGGCAUUCUUGUUCAGCUACCCUUACCCUCUCAUAUGAAUGAGGAGAAUGUAUUGAAUGCUGUCAGUAUUGAGAAAGAUGUGGAUGGCUUUCAUCCAUUAAACAUUGGCCGUCUUGCCAUGCGAGGUCGGGAGCCAUUGUUUGUUCCAUGCACUCCCAAAGGUUGCAUAGAGUUGCUGCAUAGAUAUGGGGUUGAAAUCAAGGGAAAGAGAGCUGUUGUAAUUGGCCGUAGCAACAUUGUUGGAAUGCCAGCUGCCCUGUUGCUGCAGAGAGAAGAUGCUACCGUAAGUAUUGUGCACUCUAGAACCAAGAACCCAGAUAAAAUCACAAGACAAGCAGACAUCAUCAUCUCUGCUGUAGGGCAACCAAACAUGGUCAGGGGAAGUUGGAUAAAGCCUGGUGCUGUCAUUAUUGAUGUUGGAAUUAAUCCAGUUGAGGAUACAAAAAGUCCCCGGGGGUACCGCUUGGUUGGGGAUGUCUGUUAUGAGGAGGCCUGUAAGAUAGCUGCAGCUGUCACUCCUGUUCCUGGGGGAGUUGGUCCAAUGACUAUAGCUAUGCUUCUAUCAAAUACUCUCAUUUCAGCAAAGAGAGUUCACAACUUUAAGUGAAUGUUUUUUGGUUCCAUUGGUAUGGUAAAGGAAAUGAGUUUUCUAAAUUAGCA